AUCAGUCUAACACUGGCAUUUGCUUCAGCAAUUAUUAUUCCAUUUGUAAGUAGAACAGUUUAGAAAAAUUGUAUACCCAACAAUGUUCAAACUGUUACCAAUUGCCAUAGCCUUACUGGCAAUAAGUGGAACCUAUGCCGAGCUACGAUUGCUGACUAAAACUCGUCUAACGGCACCUGCGACUAUAUUACCAACUAUAACAAAUACAGUUUUGGAUGAUGAAAUGACCAGUGGUGGUGGUGGCAGUGCAGGUAGCGCAAAUGGUUUAGGUGGUGCAGUUGGUACAAGUGGUUCAGGAAGUGCAGUUGGAGCAAGUGGUUCAGGGAGUGCAGUUGGUGCCAGUGGUGCAGGGAGUGCAGGUAAAGCGGUUGGUGCAAGUGGUGCUGGUAGAGCAGUUGGUACAAGUGGUUCUGGUAGUGCAGUUGGUGCAAGUGGUGCAGGUAGUGCAGCCGCUGCGCCUGCUCCGGCCCCUAUAACACGCUCCAGAAUUUUACUAACAACCACGAAACUGGCACCAUCAAUCCGACAUCACAUUUUGCCUGCCCAAGCGAUACCAUUACCUUUAACAAUCUCCACACGUCCGGGAUUGCGUACUGUGAUUGCACCUGAAACCAUAACCAUACAACAAGCUGGUAUAGCUAAAGUUGGAGAGGUUGUGCAAAAAAUUCCCACUGCAGUUUCACAUCAAAGUCAAACUAUUGUACAUAAGCAUGCUGAUGUGGUUACACCUAUUGUCGCGCCUGCAGUUCGUACUAUAACAUCACAGGUUGUAAAGACCUACCACACUCCAUUGGUGUAUGCACCAGAACCUUCGUUUGUGCGUUUCCUAAAACAUUGAGAUUUGAAAAA